AUGCGCCUCACGAUAGAUACUUCAAACCUAAGCCACGCCUCGGCCGCCUCGGCCCUCGCCCACGCUAAUCGCAAACCGGUCGAGAUAUGGCACCCCCCGGCCAGGCAGCCCGCCGCUGAAAAGGCCGCAUUAUGCGUCAAGGACUUCACACCGCCUCAGCAGCCUAAACCCACCACCCAGCAUAGCGCCGAGGGAUUGGGUGCGGCAUUGCUCGCCGUGCGCGAACAGAAUAAAGCUUCACCCAAAGCUCCUCAACCCACCCACACACGUGCCAUCUCCACUGGCCGAUACCAUCACACUGCCGUCGGUGGCCAUCCCAAAGAAAAGGCCCUCCAGGCCGCCACGGAUGCUUACAGCACAUCGCGCAAGAGGGCAGAUUCGGUACCCAGCGACCAAGGGAUUGCGUCCGAUGCGCCAUAUGCCCGUUCCGCCGCGGGCGCGUCACAAAAUGUCCGUCACGUCGAACAAGAUGGGCCCCUGGACCACCUAAAUAGCACAAUGGAAGCGAGCCGGAUCCACCACAUCGCCAAUACCAAUGCGAAACUGUAUACCUCAGCCCCGCCCGUCCAGGCCGAGAUCGAAGAGCAAAACUACAAAAACUCCCUGCGCGCAGCUGCCAUCUCAAUGGCAAAGGAUAUGUACAAAGUCUCCGACAAUAAGGGAUCAGGGGUGUCUGAUCCCGCCCUCCUAGCAGCCCAAAAAGGUCAGAGCCAGCUGGGAUACCGCAAGACUGUAUCGACUGCAGAUGGAUCUGCGGUUCGACGCGCGAUAGCGUUGCAAGAGGCUGCCCAGAAACGCGCCGCCGAGAAGCUGGCUCGUAUGCACGAUGAGCACGCGGAAUAUCAGCAGUACUACGGUACAGCUCCUCAGCCGCAGCGGUCGCGACUGAGCCGUCGCAAGAGGACAUCUAGCGAUGCCGAUGCAUCGCAGAUUGACGCGGAACAGUCGCGUCAGAUCAGGAGCCAGAUGACUAGUCUGCGCACGAAGCUGGACCAGGUUGAUGUGCGCAGAACUAAGGAUCGGGAGUUGCUUAUGCAGGCUGCUCGCCGGAAUGUCGACCAGACGCUCCAGGAUAUGGAGGCCAGGGUCUAUGCGAAUACCGGGCGCGCACCGCCUUCUGUGCAGAGAGAAUGGGAUGAGGUUGCCCAGGAGCGCGUGAGGCGUGAGGCCGAGGCAUUUGAGGCCGCUACUGUGCAGGGUGAUCGCGUCAAGAUUGGUAGUCAGCAGUAUAUGGAUUAUGCUGAUGUUGAGGCUGUUGCACGGUCGAGAUUGCAGCCUGCGCUUGACGAAAUUACUGAAAAUGCGGAGCAGCAGCGGGCUCAUGAUAUUGAGGAGAGGCUGGAUGCUGAGGAGAGGCAGAGACAUGCUGCUGUCCUGCGUCAGCGCGAGGCUGAAGUGAGGGAGUUGGAGAAGCAGGAUAAGAGCAAGAACAAGUCCGAGGGCAAGGUCACUGUCCCCAAAUUCUUCUUGUGGAGAAAAAAGGGCAAGCGCGCCCGCGUCGAGCAAUCUGAGACCGACCAAGCUCAUGCCGUUUCACCCGUCGCCCAAGAACCUGCAGAGGAGCUCGCUGAAACCGCAGCUCCAGAAAUCGCAGCUCCUGAAACCGACGUAUCAAAAGACGUCAUACCGGAGGAAGCCAGCGACUCAGAGGCAGCAGGCGCGGCCCUUCCCAUCGAGGUCGUGCCCGCCGCCGCUCCCGCCGCCGUGGCCGAACCACAAGACGAGACCCGAGUUCCAACCGAGGAGAUCCAAGAGGCCGCCCAAGAGCCCACCGACGAGCCAACGGACGAUAUCCCACCUGCCAUCCCGCGCCGCCAAUCUGCACCCCUGCACACCCAACGCGACGCAGCCGCCACAGGCCCCACAACGAUCCACCACUUCACUCCACCAGUCUCCAGCCCCCGCGCAGACUCCAAGCUGAAAACCUGGUUCCGGGAUCGCCUUGCCAGGCGCUCAUCUGGCCCCGUCCCCGUCUACCCCCAUCAACCAGGCCCAGACUUCACAGACAGCCAGCCCUCCUUUCAAGGCGGCGCCGCACUAACCGGUCGUGACGAGCCGCGCGGCACGGCGUUGUCGUCCCACCCCAUCAAUGGCUCGGAUCCCAUCCCUACGCAUAACCGCUCGUCGAGUUACUACAGUAAUGAAUUUGACGUGACGAAGACGCGAAGCGGGGAGUCGGGGUCUGAGUCUUUGAAGAAUGGAAACGGGAAUGGGAAGAAGAGGAAUCGCUUGCGCAGGACAUUCUUGAGAACGGUUUCCAGGAGUGAUGAUGAGCCUAUGAAUGGUACUGCUAGUGGCAGUGGCAAUGAGAGGCGCGACUCGGAAGUCCCGAGUGCUCAUUCUAAGGGCACCGAUAUUCAGAGUUUGAAGAAUAGUGCGCUUGAGCAGGGAUUGCCCGCGCCGCCGAUUAUUGGCGAGAACAUGAGUACCCGUCGGGAGUCGAGAUUCUCGGAAGAUCUUUGA